GCCAGAUUACAGCUAAGAAAAUCCCGCCGCUCACAGCGACCAAAUUUAAAUCCCCUCCCUACAUGGGGACAAUUAAAGAAAUUGACCAUAGAAGGGCAACGGCUUGUCCUUCAAGCAGGAAAGCCUUUAAACCCCGAAAACUUGUUUUUAGCUUUAUGUGCCUUGCUCACCGUUGCAUCGGGGACUGAGUCUUCCAGAUCCAAAGAAAAUAACUGACGGAGCUCCUAUAUUUCAACAAAAGACGGCUCUCUUGUGGUGGGGAGAUGGUGGAAUCGCUAACCCUGCUGUUGCAGCCGAAGAAUACCCUCAUCACCUUCAAAAUCAUAUUUGGAAGAUCCCAGCCGCUAUGCAACCUGUAACCUUGUACAAUGUUUCAUAUUCAGGGACUAGUCGAUCUGUAUCUACUACUUAUAAUUUUACUAGGUUUAAAAUGUAUAAUAUUACUGUUUGUGCACCUCUACCUUAUGUCUUUUUAGUGGGAACUUUUAAUUUUACACAUUUUUCUUGUACUUGUUUAAAUUGUCAAUUGUUUACAUGCUUAAAUAGCACACUAAAUUUCACUAAGCCUUAUACAGUUAUGCUGUUACAACAAAAAACUCAUAUUUGGUUGCCUGUAAAUUUAACUCGACCUUGGUCUCAAGACCCGGUAAUUUCUGUUACUACUGAAUUUUUUAAACAUCUGUUAAAACGUACAAAAAGAUUUAUUGGAAUAGUGGUUGCUGUACUGUUAAGUCUGAUAACUGUAGCCUCCCUAGCAGCAGUCUCAGGAAUAGCUUUACAAACCUCUUUGCAAGAAAAACAUGUUGUAGAAUUAUGGCAUAAAAAUUCUCAUGAACUUUGGUUAACUCAGUGGCAAAUAAACGUCAGACUACAACAACAAAUAGACCUCCUUAAACAAACAGUUGAAUGGAUGGGUAGAAAAAUAUUGGCUCUUCAGCAUCAAGUGUUUUUAAAAUGUGAUUGGAAUUCAACUACUUUCUGUAUAACCCAACGACCUUAUAAUCAGACAGAACAUGAAUGGGAAAUGAUUAGAAUGUAUUUAAAUGGAAACACCUCUGCCCAGGAGAAAAUAGAAUCUUUGCAUAAUCAAAUUGACAAGGAUUUUGCAAAGCAAAAUGAUGAUGAAUCUCUAGCACAAUUCGCGCAAUUGCUUGCUCAAUCUUUGAAAGGAUUAGAUUCCAAAGGAAUCUGGCAGAGCAUUACCCACACUUUUAGUGGCAUGGGACUUAGUUUAAUUAUAGUUCUCAUUGCCAUAGUUCUUGUGUAUUUUUACUGCAUAAGACGAAAUGCUAUUAAUAACCUGAUCUUAUGGAAAUUGUUGUUAAAAAAUAAAAAGGAAGGAAGUGUGGGGGAUGAGGUGUCACUUUGUAGGCCCAACCCCCUCUAACCUGCAAUUUACAAUAGCCGCCCUGGUAUGCGAGAAGGAGGUAGAACGGGAAUGCCUGUUCUCAGUGAGCCCUCACCCUCUGGAAUCCAUACUGUGAGCUGGCUUUGUUUUGCAGAAGUCUUGAGGAAGUGGCUGGCCACCCUUUGUGACACUAACAGCAGACAAAUUAACAACAUUCUUGAGCUAAUGAAUUUCUUCCUGGGCUAGAGAGGUUAUGAGAACUGGUUGUGAUUAUUUACUUCACUUAGAUAGUUUUAGAAUAAACAUUGUAGUCUGUCACGUUGUAGCUUGCCACAAAGAAUGCCUUUUCACUACUUAAUUAUCUGGGCUCUGUGAAUUGAUCGGGUUUACUAUAUAUGAAUCCUAAAAUAAAGAUUGUGCGUACAGUGCAGUGCAGUGCAGUGUAACGCGGUGCAGACAGCAAA